AGCAGCAGCAGCAGCAGCAGCAGUCACAGUCCUGGACUCUUCUUUCUCUUGUUUAAAGGUUUUAGGCAAAGUAUGUGGACACUUUGCGCUGCUCUUCCUCUUCUCCUUCAUCUUCCUCCUCCUCAGGUGUGUCUCUGUCCGUGGUGCUGAACACACGCGCACUUUUCCUCCGCCGCUGCUCUCGCUCCGACACUUUCGCGCAGAAACUGCGUGUUUUCUCUCGGCCUCGGCGGCAGCAGCAGCAGCAGCAGCAGCAGCAGCAGCAGCAGCAGCAGCAUCAUCAUCAGCAGCAGCAGCAGGAGUUUGAUGUUUCAGGACGACUCGCUUGUUUUUGUUGAUUUUUCAGACUAAAGCGCAGAGAAGCGGAUGUGAGUCUUGAAAGGAGAUAUUUUUGUCUGGAAAAAAGUGGAAAUAGCGGAUGAAUUUCCUUUAACGUGUGCGUGAAAACAGUGUUCGUUAUUGCUGGUGCAGGGAAGAAGGAGUCUCUUCCUCCUCUUGAACUCCUUCACCACCUCCUCCUCCUCUUCUCCUCCCUGACAUCAAACUUGUCCUGAAGAACCAGAUGGUCGUUUGAGGAGGAGGCCGCGGUCAACAACCAUGGAGGCGUCCGCCAACAACGGCUCCAGCUUCGGGAUCGACUCGCUGCUCUCGCACAGGCCGGGCAGUCCGCUCUCUAAGGCGGACAGCGUGGUCGGGGAGUGCCGCUCUCCGCUGGAGUUCAGCCCCAGGUCGGACGUGGAGAGCGGCUGCUCGUCGCCGCCUUCACCGCGCAGGGAGUGCGUGGAUGAGCUGCCGCAGAGACAGAGACACGGACACGGACACGGACUCGGUGGUGGCGUGGGUGUGGGUGUGCCACCGCACCUGCAGCAGCAUCACGCGCACAUGUCUGCGGGGUCUCAUCAGCAGCAGCAGCAGCAGCAGCAGCAGCAGCAGCAGCAGCAGCAGCAGCGCAGCGUCACCUCGUCUUUCCUGAUCAGAGACAUCCUCGCGGACUGUAAACCUCUGGCCGCGUGCGCGCCUUAUUCCAGUAACGGACAACCGACGCAGGAGGCGGGGAGACUGGCGGCGAAGAUCGCGGAGGAUUUUAUGGAGAAAAUCCACAGCAACUCUUCCUCAGAUAGUGAAUAUAAAGUGAAGGAGGAGGGGGACAGAGAAAUCUCCAGCAGCAGAGAAAGUCCUCAGGUUCGGCUGAAGAAGCCCAGAAAAGCGCGCACGGCCUUCACUGACCACCAGUUGGCGCAGCUGGAGCGAAGCUUCGAGCGGCAGAAGUAUCUGAGUGUGCAGGACCGGAUGGAGCUCGCGGCUUCUCUCAACCUGACCGACACUCAAGUCAAGACCUGGUACCAGAACCGCAGGACUAAGUGGAAGAGGCAGACCGCGGUGGGACUAGAACUUCUGGCGGAAGCAGGGAAUUACUCCGCGCUGCAGCGGAUGUUCCCCUCCCCGUACUUCUACCCGCAGAGCCUGGUGUCGAACCUGGACCCCGGAGCGGCCCUCUACCUGUACCGGGGCCCCACUGCUCCCCCGCCGGGCCUGCAGAGGCCGCUGGUGCCGCGGAUCCUGCUGCACGGGGUCCAGGGAGGCAGCGAACCGCCGCCGCCGCCUCCGCCGCUGCCGCCCAUGUCCGGUGUCCUGUCCCGGUCCACGCAGCAGCGGUGAACCCUCUCCCCCAGCUCCUCCCCCCUUAUCCUCCCCCUCCUCUCCCGUCUGAGACUCACGAGAAGAAAGGAAAGCGGGACAAACUUAAAGUGAUUUAAAUCAAAACAAGGACGUUUUUUUAACGGAGGACGAGAAAAAAAACGAGACUCAAACUGAAGAUUUACUAUUUCUGUUUUUAUUUAUAAUAACUUUAUUUAUUUUUCAUCCUGAAAAAGUAAAAAAAGUAUCUAAGUUAUGUUAUUUAUUUGAUCCCAGUUUCAGUAUUGACAGACUGUUUUCAUUAUCAUUAUUAUUAUUAUUAUUAUUAUAAUAUGUAUUUGAAUAAGCUGAAGUCACAUGACCCAAAGGAACAAGAAUAAUAAUAAUAAUAAUGAUGAUGAUAAUGAUAAUAAUUGUAUUUU